AUGCGGAAGGCGGGCAAGCGUCGCGCUCCUCUCCGCCCCCACGAGCAAGACGGUCACCGCGGGGCGGAGUGCGAGCCGGGGCCGGAACCGCCGCGGGUGGGGAAGGGCAGGGAGGAGCCUGGGAGCGCGCCGGCCGCCGCAGGGGGAGUGGCGGGGCGGAGCCGCGGCGCGCGCGCCCGUCGCAGGGGGCGGGACAGAGCAGCCAUUGGGCGCGCUCAGGUUGGCCGCUGCGAGCGUGGGGCGAGCGUGGAGCACGGCGCGGCGGUGCGAUUCUUUUCCCGGCCCUUCUCCCCGCCCCAGGCGAGGGCACUGUGUGGCGGCGGCGGGGCCAGCGAGGCCGGAGGAGGCGGCUGUGCCCGGGCAUGGUGGUCUGGGGCAACGCGGAAGCCUGUAAUGGGCAUUGAGGUCUCCCUGUGGUCUCUGGACUUCUCUCUCGGCUUUGAAGAUUCUGCUGUUCCCUGCUCCAUCUCAACUUACGCAUAUUCUCAACCACAGGGGAGUCUGGAACAUGCCAGACAUUAUGGUGAGGCUGUUAACAACGCUCACCCCGGUCUAAAACCUAAGCCACAGGAGACACAGACUUCUGGUUCCGCAGAAAGCAGGUGUUACAGGUAAACAACCACCACCUGUUCACCCCCUCUCCUCCAAAAGAGGAAAACAAGAAUUUUUCCUUUGAUGACAGCAACACAUGACCCAGGAAG